AUGUCACAGUCGGAUCAACACCUUCGUGUUCCUCCUACGUAUGCUGCAUCUCUGAAUUCAGAUUUUAGCACAUCGGAUGCGCUCAGCUCUACUGUUCCUCAAUACUCUCGAUCGGCAUCCCCGGAUGAGCGUGUGCUGGCUGGCCAUGUAAUGCGAACAUUCGGCGCAUUCAAUGCGCAAGACCUCCCUUCACGCUUUGAGUAUUCUACCAACCAUCUAACCCUUAACCUGGGCGAACGAAACUGGCAUUGUCCACUUCCAUGUUAUGGGUACUCUGGAACGAUUGAGGGCACUGUCAGGGUACACCAAAUCGACACUGUUUCAAAAGUCGAAGUAUCAUUAAUCGGUGAAGUCUCAACGACGAUAUCAGAGACAGCGGUACCCUCGCAAGGGGCAUCCAAACGCUUUCUUAAACAGAGAAUCACGAUAUGGAAUUCUGACUCUGCAAUGGGAAACCACUCAACACUCCCUUUUAGUAUAAACUUCCCCGGCGGGUCGGCCAGCAGCGACCUAGAGCUUCCUCCCUCGUUCCGCCUGGGAACAGGAGAGCUUUCAGCGCGCGUUCAAUACCGAAUUCAGGUUGACUUGUUCAGAAAAGGACUUCGGAGACAUAAGCGGUUUGAGACUGAAGUAAUAUACUUACCCAAGUCUUUCGCACCGGCUUUGCAAGCUCGGUCUAUCCACAUAGAUACCAAGUCGGACGACCCAGAUGGAUGGACCCGACAAGUGCUUCUGCCAACACAUCUCCCAGGUCGACCCAAUGCUGCUCGCACCGAAAUCCCAUCGGAGAUGGUGGUAGAACUACACAUUCCAUCUCAAACGGUUCUCACAGCAAAUUCAGUUCUGCCAUACACAAUACGCAUACAUUCAGCUUCUUCGACUACUUCGCGAGCUUCUAGUGUCUCUGUCUCGCUUGCUCUCGUUGAAGCACAGUUACAGCUAGUUAGAUCGACUGUUGUAAUUGUCCACGGUAUUAAAAAAAGGAAAGAUGUGGUCUUGGCUAAUGGAACAGUCACGUCAGACUUCCAGGGUACCGACGCCGAUGAAGGGUACCCCACCUCGAGUUUGAGUACAUUAGAAGGCGUCCGCGUGAUCAAUGGAACUUUGGAGGUAGCUAGUCGGACUGGAGCUGAGUUAUCCUGGGAGCUCCAGGAUUUCAUUGAAGUCAAGUACUACCUCAUUGCUAUUGCAAAGCCCCCCGUAAACCUGCGCGCACUUGAAGGAGCUUUUCCUACCUUUCGAGUGAUCAUCGAUGUGGAAAUGAAAACCCACGUUAAACUGGAUGAACAUAGUGAGAAUGAUAUAGAUACCGAUCCAUCGGUUGGAUUGUUCAGUUAUAGUUAA